UGACGAGGAGUCUUAGGUGCCAGCAGUUGCCCUGUGCCUUUGACAACUGUCGAAGUAAACGGGCCCACUCUGUCUGAGAAACAUCAGAGGUACAGAGUUAUGAUUAUACAGCAAGUUCUAUGAAUCUUGAACUUAAGAGUUUAAUACGUCAGAGAUGAUGGUAGAGAACUUUUUAACGACAGUCCCACGUAAUCUUUCUUGACAUGCAGACUCCUGCAAACUGUCAACCCAGUGAAGGGAAGACCUUGCAGACUUGCCUUGAGUUUCCCCGGUGUGUGCUUAUCCUCAAUCCUCUCCUGCUUGCUAAACACACUUGUUUAAAAUAUAAAAUUUAGGAGAGAGAAUUUUUUUGACACCCCACCCAAUAGGAAAUCGGUCCUAUCCAAACCCAAACUUUGAUUCACACUACCCCUUGACCCUUACCCCUCUUUUUCCCUCUAAAAGCCAAGUUAAAUAAAAUCUAAGUUCUUUUUCUUUUUCUUUUUUUUCAAUGAAAAUCAUAUAUCUAGUCUGUCUAUGUUACUCGAACUCUUUAUUUCAUUUCAGUUACUUGUGUCAGAUUCCGUCGCUUUAUUUUAGGCAAAAUUAUGGAAGAUUACCAUUAAAUAGCCAAGUCGGACACUUAAGACACGUAUCCCUGUUUGCUGCGAGUACCUAAGUCUGAGUAACUUAUCAUUUGGUUUUGGUUUUGUUAUUUGAAAUAAAGAAAAAAAAAAAUGUGUACAAAUUCAGUUUGCCAAGUGUGGAUGUUGUAUGGAGCAGGGAGAUAUUAAAGAGACACGAUGAACAGGUUUAUGCUGACAGCUAUCAAUCCAGAUUUCACUGUAGACACGUAUUAAGGGGGAAAAAAAGGUUGAAUUUUCCCACCCUUAUUAAUACAUAUUCCUCUCCUACAUUGCAACAUAUAAAUAACAGAGGAGUUACCCACCUCAAUAGUGGCCAGGAGUGCAGCUUAGCUCAUCAGUAGCCUUAUUAUACACACGAACUCACAUUUUUCUCACUUUCUUUCUUUCUCUCUCUCUUUAUUCAUUGUUGUAAGUUAAUUGCCUGAUCUCUGUACUAGUUUCUCCUACAAUGUUGAAGUCCAAGUUGGGCUUAGGGGAGAAGAAACAGGGGAAGAAACAUCAGGUUUGCCAGGCUAGCUCUAGGAAGGGUUGUAUGAGGGGCAAAGGGGGACCUGAGAAUGCCCUUUGUACCUACAAGGGUGUCCGACAGCGAACCUGGGGCAAAUGGGUGGCCGAGAUUCGUGAGCCUAAUCGCGGUGCUCGCUUUUGGCUUGGCACCUUUAACACCUCUCAUGAAGCUGCCUUAGCUUAUGAUGCUGCUGCUCGUAAGCUUUAUGGCACUGAUGCCAAGCUGAAUUUGCCUGAGGUCUUCCCACACCAGCUUCCCAACUUGGCCCAAACCCAUGUUCAGGCUCGGGUUCAGGCUCGAGGCCAGGUCCGGAUUCCUUGUUAUCAGAACGGGUACAACCUCUGUUGCUUAUCUGAAAACAGCUCGCUUUCUGGUGCAAGUGACCUUAGUUUUCCAAUUGAGGAGACUAAUUCUACUUCCACAAUCACUGAUAGCACUACCACAAGUGUAGAGAGCUUUGGUGAGAAUGAAGUUGGGGUUAACCAUGGUCUCUGGGAGAAUUCCAACCCAAGUUUACCAGAGCUCGACGAUUCCUUGUGGGCUGAGACUGCUAUGACCCUCGGAUUUCCUCCGCGUGUCAUCGAUCCACAACCCGAACUCUCAAUCUCCGACGAACCGGGGUUAUUGUCCGGCAACUUAUAUGAUGACAGCUUCCAGUUUCUAUGGUCUUCUUAAACAAAAAACCAGCCACAUAUUUGAAGGCAUGGGAUGGGAUAGAAUAGCCACCAUGAAGUCUAAUAUAGUAUAUGUAGAAGUAGAUGAAUGUGCAAGUGAAUAAGGGUUUAAGAGGAAGAAAAACUUGGAUGUGACAGGUAAGGAAGGAGUAACAAAUAUGUAUAUAUAGGACUAUUAAAAGUACCUUAGUUUUUUUAAUCCUUUCUUUUUUUAGUAAUAUUGAAAUAUGAAAUAGUAGUAGUGGAACUUUCUGUAUUUAGAAAGUUUUAAGAUUGUAACUUGUAAGGGAAAGAAGUAGGAAUGGUGGUAAUUCUCUCCCCUAUCAUUUGAGUUUUCUUUAAAAGGACUUACUAUAUAUAGUUGAACAUGUGUACAAAUUUUAUAGGGUAAUAAUAAUAUAUAAAAAGUGUUGCAGAGUUUUUUCUGUACUAAAAAUACUGUGGAAGUCAUUCUCAUACUCGUUUUAGUCGUCUCUUUGCAGUCUCCCAAAUCCCAAGUGUUUCCUACUAGAAUAGUAGAAUCCCCUCCAUCAUUCUAGAUGCUUAGAAAAUCACAUCUUCAAAACAUUAAGAAAUUAAAAAAAAAAAAUCUCAUGUUAAAUAACAUUAUUAGGGUUUGU